AUGGUGCUUCUGGAUUAUAUCUCUUUCUAUAUUUUGCAGAUGCUGUCCUCUACAGAACCUCAGAACCAGACCAUAACUACAUUUCUCAUUUUGGGUUUCCCUAAUACAAGAAAAGUAGAAAUUGUUCUCUUUUUCGUCUUUCUCACUAUGUACCUCCUUACUGUGACUGGUAAUAUUAUCAUCAUCAUAACUGUUAAUACAGAUAUACAUCUUCAAACCCCUAUGUACUUCUUUUUGGGAAAUCUAUCUUUACUGGAUAUAGGGUAUACUUCGUCCACUGUCCCUAAUUUGCUUUCCAUCCUUUUGAUGAAUGUGCAUACAAUUUCCUUAGUAGGUUGUAUUUCACAGUCUUAUUUUUUCUUUUUCCUUGGGUCAGCUGAAUGUUUCCUUCUUGCAGUGAUGGCCUAUGACCGAUACAUAGCCAUAUGCUACCCACUCAGAUAUCCAAUAAUCAUGAAUAAAAGAAUAUGUGUUAUUUUUGUGAUUAUAUGCUGGAUAAGUGGUUGCCUGUCUCCUUUGGUAGCUGCCCUUAUGUUAAUAAACUUACCAUUUUGUGGACCAAAGAUAAUUAAUCAUUUCUUUUGUGAUAUUCCACCAUUAUUGAAAUUAGCUUGCAUAGAUACAUCUUUGAUACAGCAGAUUAUUUUUCUACUUUCUGCAAUGGUGAUUCUGAGUACUUUUCUCUGCACCAUUAUCUCCUAUAUCUACAUUGGCAUAACUAUAUUGAAAAUACCAUCUUCACACGGUCGUCACAAGGCUUUCUCCACUUGUGCCUCUCAUCUGACUGUUGUUUCUUUAUAUUAUGGAACUGUUAUUUUUAUGUAUGUAAGUCCAACCACCCGUUCAUCUUUGGACCUGAAUAAAAUAAUUGCUGUGAUAUACAGUGUGGUUACUCCAAUGCUGAACCCAAUGAUCUACACGUUGAGAAACCAAGAUAUGAAAACAGCCUUAAAAAGAAUAAUGUUCAUAAUGCUGUUGAAUAAGAAAGAAUCUGAAUUAUCUCAUUGA